GUAAUGUGUUUUUCGCUAGAGUCCAUUUUGACGUGGCUCCACUGAACGCGCCACCAGGAUCCUGUCUGAAAGUCUGCGGAGAUUACCAGCAACAGUCUGCGUUUUCUCCGCUUUUUAGCCCUAUUUAACCAACGCGUGGAAUCUUUUGUCACCGCCGGCCUUUGUAUCACGACGACUCCUCUCUGAAUCUCCCCCCAAGGACGAUGACAUGUCCUAAAAAAGAAGCUUGAACGCGGCUGCUUCCCCCGAAGAGGAGAGCCGCCUCAACUUUCCUAGCGCACACUUUCCUCGAUAACAAAAGAGGACGCUUUUACUCUCUUUUCCCCACAUUAUUCGACGCCAUCGCAUACUUAAACACCUCCGGGAGUGUUUAAAAUGCACGGCGUAGACGUCCAGGCUGGUUGUGUCGCAAACGGUCAUGGAGCAGCUCCAACAAGGACCUUCUGAAUAAAGUCAGCAUCUUCAGUCCUCGGAUCCACAGAGACCUGAUUUAAAUGUAUUAAAGGCUCAUCUGGACUUACCAUGGACAUGUUUGCCCGGCCAAGCGUUGAGAUCCAGAGGAGGAACCCUCAGCAUGACUUUGAGCUCAUUCAGAGGGUGGGAAGCGGAACUUAUGGAGAUGUUUUCAAGGCUCGCAACAUACAAACCGGCGAGAUGACGGCAGUCAAGACCAUCAAGCUGGAAGCAGGCGAUGACUUUUCCAUCAUCCAGCAGGAAAUCUUCAUGGUGAAGGAAUGCAUGCACCACAACAUCGUGGCCUACUUUGGGAGCUACCUCUGCCGAGAUAAGCUGUGGAUAUGCAUGGAGUACUGCGGCGGUGGAUCCCUGCAGGACAUUUAUCACGUGACGGGUCCUUUGUCAGAGAUGCAGAUUGCGUACGUGUGCCGGGAGACCCUACAGGGUUUGGGAUACCUGCACACCAAAGGCAAGAUGCACCGAGACAUCAAGGGAGCCAACAUACUUCUGACAAACGAUGGAGACGUGAAGUUAGCUGACUUUGGCGUGGCAGCAAAAAUAACGGCCACCAUUGCCAAAAGAAAGUCUUUCAUCGGGACGCCUUACUGGAUGGCUCCAGAAGUGGCGGCGGUGGAGAAGAACGGCGGCUACAACCAGCUGUGUGACAUUUGGGCUGUGGGCAUCACGUCCAUCGAGCUGGCGGAGUUGCAGCCCCCCAUGUUUGACCUGCACCCCAUGAGGGCCUUGUUUUUGAUGUCAAAAAGCAGCUUCCAGCCUCCCAAGCUAAAAGACAAAAACAAAUGGUCUGCUGCCUUCCAUAACUUUGUCAAAGUGUCUCUGACCAAGAACCCCAAGAAGAGGCCCACAGCAGAAAAGCUCCUCUCACAUGUGUUUGUGGCGCAGGUGGGUUUGACGAGGAGGCUCGCCGUCGACCUCCUGGACAAGUUGAACAACCCGGACAACCACCAGCAUUUCAGUGAGGCGGACGACGACGACCUCGAGCCUGCUAUUGGGGUCAGACACACCAUCCGCUCCACCAACAAGCACGCCCGGGCUGAGAGGACGCGCUCUGAGAUGGACUCAUACAAUGGGACAGAUGGAGGAGGGCAGCGCUCCCCUCCCUGCCUCAGCAAGGCACAUGGGGGCCAAGCAGUCGACAAGCUGCAGUUUGAGCCGCCGCUGAGGAAGGAAACGGAGGCCCGUUCCGAAAUGGACGUGAGUAAAGAUAACGAUUUCCCGUCACCCUGGAGUCCUUUUGCAGAGGGAGGAAUAACAGCCAGGAGCCUCCUCAAAAGCGUUGAGGACGAAUUGUUCCAACGGGGACACGUCGCCCAUCUCGAAGACUUGGAAGACGUCGAAAUCUCUACACUCAAGCCGGGGUAUCCUCCUCCUCGGCCCCCCAAGCCACGGUUACACAGCCCCUCUGAGGAGAUGGGCCUCAACGACGAGCGGUCCCUGACGGUGCGGCGGUUCCCCAACUCAGAGAACGGGCCGGGCCAGGUGGCAGCACGCAGGCGCAGCACGCCGGAGCACGGCCACAAGGCGGAGACCUCGUCUCCGGAUUUUCUCUCUGUCAGCGUCAGCAGCCCCGGGCUCUUGUCCCAUGCCUCAGACCAGGCUCUCAGUCAGUCUGAAUGCAAAGACGACGACUCCGAAGGCAGCCUCAACGGCGGCAGUCCCAAACCAGCGCCCAACCGUGCGCAUCGGAGGGUGAAGAAGGAAUUUCUUAAACCAGCUAUCAACGGCUUGCCGCCCACACCCAAAGUGCUGAUGGGAGCUUGUUUCUCCAAAGUGUUUGAUGGAUGUCCGCUGAAGAUCAACUGUGCCACGUCCUGGAUCCACCCGGACACCAAAGACCAGUACCUGAUCUUUGGGACUGAGGAUGGCAUCUAUACGCUGAAUCUGAACGAGCUGCACGAAGCCACAAUGGAGCAGCUGUUUCCCAGGAAGUGCACAUGGCUGUACGUUAUCAACAACAACCUGAUGUCUUUAUCGGGGAAAAACUUCCAGCUGUAUUCCCACAACCUCAUCGGGCUGUUUGAGCAGCUGAAGAAGCCCGGCCUGGCUGCCCAGUUCCAGACGCACCGCUUCCCUGACAAGAUUCUUCCCAGGAGGUUCGCCUUGACGACCAAGAUUCCCGACACAAAGGGCUGCCACAAAUGCUGCAUUGUGAGGAACCCAUACACGGGCCACAAGUACCUGUGUGGAGCGCUGCAGUCUGGCAUUGUCCUUUUGCAGUGGUAUGAGCCCAUGCAGAGGUUCAUGCUCAUCAAGCACUUCGACUUCCCGCUCCCCAGCCCGCUGAAGGUGUUUGAGAUGCUGGUAGUCCCAGAGCAGGAGUACCCGCUGCUGUGUGUGGCCAUCAGCCAGGGCGCGGAGCCCGGCCAAGUGGUCCGCUUCGAGACCAUAAACCUCAACUCCUGCUCCUCCUGGUUCACCGAGAUGGGAACGAGUCAUCAGCAGGUAGAUGCCAUCCAUGUCACGCAGCUGGAGAGAGACACCGUCUUGGUGUGCCUGGACCAAAACUUGAAGAUCGUAAACCUUCAGGGUAAAUUGAAGUCCAACAAGAAGCUGGCGUCCGAGCUCAGCUUUGACUUCUGCAUCGGAUCUGUUGUGUGCCUGCAGGACAGCGUGCUGGCCUUCUGGAAGCACGGCAUGCAGGGGAAGAGCUUCAAGUCCAACGAGGUGACGCAGGAGAUCUGUGAUCCAAGCAGAGUCUUUCGCCUCCUCGGAUCGGACAGGGUGGUGGUACUGGAGAGCCGACCCACGGACAACCUCACGGCGCUGAGCAACCUCUACAUCUUAGCCGGUCACGAGAACAGUUACUGACGUACAACGUGGGCAAGAAGUCCAGAUUUGAACAUUUUCAAUCGGAGGAACUUCCUGUCCCGGCCUUGAGCGAGGGUCUCUGCGUGUUACGGAUGAGCCGGCCCGCUGGUCGGCGACAGACUCUCUGUCGGAGGGGCCUUCUUACUCCAGCAGACUCCCGAGGAGGAGGGGUCAUCGGAGCAGAGUGCCCGUCUUCGAGGUAUUCUUGACUCACGAGUACAGUGUCUGUGAUAGCUUUCUGCAAACUUUGGGAGAUUUCUGCCGACGCUUGAAGCAGAACACAUCCACCCCCCCUCCCCUCCUCUGAGCCACGCGUGUUAUUUAAGCAAUAUUUAUGAUGAUGAACCUGGUCUUUCUUCAGUAUUCGGGUAUGUUUGCUCGCCCGAUGUGGCUCAACUAGCUAGCAAGCAGCUUUUGGGAUCUUUGUAACAUAGUCGCAUUCAUCCUUUUUACUCAUUGAAUAUAAUGUACAAAUGUUUUUUUCUUUCUUUCUAUCUUUUUACUCUCCUUUUAUAGACAUUUUAUCUCAUGAUUUGCACCAUGUAAGCACUUUUGUACAUUGUUUUUGUUUUUUAAUUUAAAAUGACAAAAUGAGGGACGAUGCUCGCUUCAGUUGGCAUCUUUUGCAUUCCCUUUUGGCAAAAUGUUUUAAGGUUUGAAAUUAAAAAAAAGCUGUUGUUCACGAGA